AUGGUCAAACUCAGGUCCGUAGUGUUGCUGGUGGCAGUGCUGAUGUUUAGGGACGGAGCGAGGGCCUUCAUGCCGCUCCUCUCUCUGAGCGGGAACUCCAGCACUCACCAGGACAUCACCAGGCGGGCCGUCCUGUGGAAGACUGCGGAAGUGUGCAGGGAUAUGGCGGCUGCUGACGGACGCCCCUUCAGCCUCACGAUUGACAGCUCGCUGACAGUGGAGAAGGUGCAGGCCGCGUGUGCAGGGAACUCCACGGCGGUGCUGUCCACGGUCACGUACCAAUCCGCUAUUGCCGCCAUGUACUUUAGCAACGCACUGGUCGACGUGGUCUACGCCCUCAGCGAGGAGCACCACUUUGAUGACGAGUUAUUUAAGGGAGGCAGAGAGGUCCUCACCAAAGAUGUGGCGGCCGUGAAAUCCAGUGUCAAAGAAGAGAAUUUCAUCGCUGGGCGGUUUGCUCUGGGGCGAGCGUGUCACACUCUGCAGGACUUCUACAGCCACAGUAACUGGGUGGAGCUGGGAAAGACCUCUCCGUACAGCGCCCUCAUCAUUCCAGAACAGAACCUGGAGAACCUGGCAGGAACAAGUGUGAGGACAUGUCAGAACUGUACUAACGGGGACUGUACCAACAACAUCUUGCCUGAUGUGCUGCAGCAGGGCCUGCUCACCUCCGGAUACUUCAACAUAUUCUCCUCAGAAAAACCUGCAGGUAAAUGUAGUCAUGGAGGGUCUUUUGAUAAAACCCGGACCAGCGAUGCCACUGGGGGCAUCAGUAAGGACACUCUGACCUCCAGUCAUGGAAGUCUCCAUCCACAAGCCGCCACCCUGGCUGUGAACGCCACUGUGGAGCUGCUGGAGGACAUCAGGCUGGCUGUGGGAGACAAGGACUUUCUCAGGCUGAUGGGUCUGUCCCAGUCCACUGUGCUGUGCUUCGUCAUUGAUACCACUGGCAGCAUGUCCGAUGAUAUCGCAGAGGCAAAACGAGUGUCUUUUGAAAUCAUUGACCGUAAAAGAGGAACCCAACAGGAACCGUCUGCUUAUAUUCUAGUGCCAUUCAAUGACCCAGGGUUUGGACCUCUGGUAAGGACCACAGACGCAGACAAAUUCAAAGCUGAAAUCAACAAACUCUCUGCAAGUGGAGGAGGGGACAUCCCCGAGAAGUGCCUGUCUGGGUUACAGCUGGCCCUGACGGCUGCGCCCCCUUCAUCUGAGAUCUUUAUCUUCACUGAUGCUCCUGCCAAGGACGCGGAUCUGAAAAGUACUAUAAAUGCUUUGAUCGAGAGCACCAAGUCAGUGGUGACCUUCAUGUUAACAGAUGUCAUAUCACGGCGCAGGAGGAGUGGGGAGAGCAGAGCACCGCGGGCCAUGAGCCAGGCCGACGCCCAGCUGUACCGGGACCUGGCCAAAGCCUCCGGGGGGCAGGCCAUCGAGGUCACCAAGAGUGACCUGUCCGCAGCCACCACCGUCAUCGAGGACUCCUCCACCAGCGCAGUGGUUAAUGUUUUCCAAGUGGUGAGUCCAGGAAAACCAGAGAAAUUCAACUUUACUGUGGACGGAUCCAUACAAAACAUGACUUUGUACGUCACUGGCACAACAUCUCUCACCUUCAAUCUCUCCAGUCCUUCAGGUGUCUCUCAGAGCUCCACUGAGACCAGCGGACCUCUGGCUUCAAUGACCACAGCUGGAAACCUCCGCCGUCUGAGCUUCAACGCCGACAACCAAACAGGAUUGUGGGAAAUUGAAGUCAACUCCAACGACCCUUAUUCUGUCAAAGUCAUAGGUCAGAGCUCUGUGAACUUUAUCUAUAACUUAAUCGAACCCCAUGAAGGAGCACAUGGAGACUACAGCCUGAAGGAGGGACGUCCUCUCACUGGCGGAAACGCUACAGUGUUGGUGACUGUUACAAGUGACGCAGUGAAAAUCACAGAGAUCACACUGUUCGACAGCGCGGGGCCCACUGAGCUCAAAGGGACAAUGCUGCCACAGAGCGAUGGGAACAUUGUGGUGACCUUCAGUAACAUCCCAGCUGGAGACUUUGUGCUCCGUAUAAAAGGAGAGGGCAGCGCCACCUCCAGGGCGACGCCAACAAGUUUCCAGCGACAGGCUUCCACUCAACUCAAGCCCUCGAGUAUCUCUGUCACCGCCCAAGUGAACAGCUCCUCCAUCGAGCCGGGCUCCUCGCUCUCCGUUCCCUUCACAGUUGCCUCCACUUCCAACGGGGCGGUGAACCAAAAUGCGUCUGGGACGAUCACGGUCAAGGCCCAAGACGACCGCGGUUACACCUCCAGCCCAACGACCAGCGUCACCUUGAGCCAGGGCACGGCCAGCAGCGUGGUCACCCUCGCCGUCCCGUCCACGGCUGCAACAGGCACAGACGUGACCCUCACCAUCACCGCUCAGGACUCCUCUGCCUCCGACAUCAACUUCACCGUGCUCCGCUUUUCUGUGGCUGCGAAGGUGACAGACGUGAAGCGGCCAGUGUGUGAGGUGGUCACUUCAGGAGACUGCUCCUCCUCCGUCUGCUCGUCCGCUCAGUGGGGGCUGUCCGCCAACAUCAGCGACGGCGUGAAUGGAACGGGCAUCGACAGUGUGGCCUUGAAGCAGGGCACUGGGACCCUCAACAUCAGCACCACUGCAUCAGGAGGUGAAACCAUCACUGUGGCCACGUACACUGCCUCCUGCUGUUCGAAGAGCGUAGAGCUGAAGAUUGUGGAUAAAGUUGGGAAUGUGCGGCUGUGCAGUGGCGAGUUCAAAGUGGCCACGACCGCGGCUCCAGCCGUGACCAACACCACGACCAACUCCACAGCUGCUGGCCUGCAUACAGUCAGUGUCCGGCACUCUCUGUGGGUCAGUCUGCUGCUGCCUGUAGUGUGGUGGUACUGA